GGGGGCCCGUUUCGGGCUCGAUCGCGGGGCCGCCGGAGAUCGAUCUCCAGGGCGGAAGAGCCUGACAAGAGGGACCCGGGGAGGGGCCGUAGCCAUUUUGGCUCAAGUUGCGAAUAGGGCAUUCGGGCUCAUAUCUGAUCCGCACUCUGAAGCGCUGGGCGAGUUCCUCUUCCGUGCUGCGCCUUUGCGGCUACCGCAGCACUUUUGGCAAGGGUGUGAUGACGUUUUUAAGCAAUCUGCGGGUCUCACGCACGCAGUCAAAAUCCAGGCGUUGCGUGCAUCCGAUAGGGAGCGGCCAGGAUGAGAUACAAGAAUCGCCGUCGACCUGCCCAGCAAAACCUGGCAUAUCCCACCAGUACGACGACCCCAAGAACACUGCAGGCGAUGCAGGAGUGACGUCCAGAUCCCGCAGCCAUGACAGUACAGGGAGUCGGAGGCCCGCUGCGGAAAACAUGAUGAAUCACAUGAAGGCCGUGCGGGAGGCUUUGCCGACGCUGAAGCCGGACCUGGUUGUGACCACGAAAAACGCACAAGUCAAUUUGCUGGUCGUUCGCAACCCCAAGGAGUGGUCACAAGGGGACAUGGACGGGGGCGCGGGCAAGCCAGGGAUAAUAUUGUCCAUCGAUGCGGCCAGGGAGACCUGCACUGUGUAUUGGUAUGAGUCCAGGCAGGUCCACGACUGCAACAUCGGCAGGAAGGGCGGGCUCUGCAAGCCGCGCGGCACCAUCCCUGAGUCGCUGGGAGGGGAGGAUGGGCUGGCAAGCGUUGGGAUGGCGCAGUCCGCCAUACAGGCCAUGAGGACUUGGCUAGGAGGCCAGGGGAAGAAGGGACACCAGACGGCCACCCUGGUCGGGCAGUUUGAUCGGCAGAUUUCGCCGUUUGCUCGCCAGAUGUCGCCGUUCGGCCGGCAGGUUUCCUACGCAACGCACGCGGAAAAGACACAGACGGCCAUCAUAUUCGAUUGGGACGACACGCUGUUCCCAACCACAUUCGUGAAGCACGAUCUGGGCCUCUCCGUUCGCCAUCACCUGAAGGACCAGGCGCUCAGUCCCCAGAAGAUGCUUCGUGUCCAGACCGCGCUGGCGAAAGCUGCGGGCGCGGCCGGCCAGCUCCUCCGGCUGGCGAACGAGCGCGGGAAGGUCGUCAUAGUGACUUUGGCCAGGAGUCCGUGGGUCACCGAUUCUUGCAGGUAUUUCUACCCUGGGAUCGGCGAGCUCAUCGAGAAGCUCAACAUCCAGAUUGUGUACGCGCGGGAUGGCGAGCAGAUAGACUACAGCAAAGUCAGCAAUAUGGCCCAGAGUCAGUUCGAGACGUUCUGGGCCGAGACGAAAGGCAUGGCCAUCUCCGAGGCGCUGGGAGAGUUCUACUCCCAGUACGAGGGGCAGUCCUGGAAGAACGUCAUAUCCUUGGGGGACUCACACUUCGAGCGAUACGGCACAAUGGCAGCGACGAUGCAGUAUGCUGCAGCCAAGGGCCUGGUCGGCGAGGACCUGGUCGGCGAGGAGGAGGUGGCCCUCCCGGACUGUCCGUCGGAGGCGGCGCAUGCGCGCCGGGGCUCUGUCGACACGACUGGCUCGCGGCUGUCCGUGUCGAGCGUGAAGAGCCUCGAGGGCACGAGCCAGGUGAGGCGAAUGUCGUGGGAGGGGACCGUCGGCGGCCAGAAGAUCAAAGUGAGGACGAAGACCUUCAAGAUGCUGGACGAACCGACGGACGACGAGCUCAUCGUGGAGCUGAGCCUACUGCACCGGUGGCUCCCUCUGAUGGUGGAGCUUGACGACGGCUUCGACGUCGACCUCAACAGCCUCGACGGCGAUGUGCAGAUCGAUGAGAUCGAGAACAGGUUUAGCGUUAUUAAGUGCUGAGGCAGCACUGUCCCCUCCUCAUCCUCGAUACGAAGGGCGACGUGCAUCUACACUUGCGGCGCAUACCCAGAUGCCGCAUGCUUUUCGCGUAAAUUAUCCCGAGCUUUGUGCAUCCCUGCGGAAUCACGGAGCGCCCAAGGGCUUGUUUUAUUUGGGAGGAGCGGUGUCGCAGUUCCAGCUGGCUUGCCGAACGUGUUCGAGUUUCCUCCCAGGGACUGGAAGCAAGUGCUCGGUCAGAGUGCCCUGGAUGUUUCACCUUGGAGCCCGCAACUAACCUCAUGCCCGUGAGAAUAAACACUAGGGGAUAACAAAGUUCGGGG